AUGGCGCGGGUCGCCGUCCUGAGCGACACGCAGCCAGCGGUGCUGGCAGAGGCCAUGCCCACGCGCUGGAGCGACUUCAUUCGCAACGCCCCCAUGGAGACUGUUCGGCCGCUGGGCACCCGCAGCGCGCAGCCGCAGAGCCCGCAGCGCUACGCCUCGCCGCAGUCCCUCACCAGCGGCAGCGCCACCGCCUUUCUGUACCCGCCACAGCAGCCGCCGCCGCAGCCGCCGCAGCCGCCCGGCGGGUUUUAG